AUGCCCCUCGCUACAGCAUCCCUCAACGGAACCACACUGGCUGAAACUGAUACAUGGGAGACGGUGGAGGGGAACAUUUACUUCCCUCCCGAAUCCAUCAAAGACAAGUCCCUGUUCGUACCAAGCGACAUGACCACAUAUUGCCCUUGGAAAGGAGAUGCCUCAUACUACAACGUCGUGAUCGGAGAUAAGAAAAUCCGCGACGCCGCAUGGUAUUAUGCUCGCCCAUAUGAUGCCGCGAUUAAGAUCAAGAAUCAUAUUGCAUUUUGUGGGUACUCCUUUCAACAUGCACUGAGUUAA